AUGGGCCUUAGCCCUGGCCCUGUGCGCGAGAUUCGAGUAAAGCUUUUGAAUCACAAGCUAGCCACUCAUUUCUACCUCCCCACCAAACCAUCCCUAAACCCUCGAAGCCGGGACUGUCAAAUUCACGUUCCCAGGCUCCCGAGAGAAUUACAGCAGCAUCCAGGAAUGCCGCCGUUCAGCUACAACGCGCUCAUCAUGAUGGCCAUCAGGCAGAGCCCGGAGAAACGCCUGACGCUUAACGGCAUCUAUGAGUUCAUCAUGAAGAACUUCCCCUACUACCGCGAGAACAAGCAGGGCUGGCAGAACUCCAUCCGCCACAACCUGUCCCUCAACAAGUGCUUCGUGAAGGUGCCGCGCCACUACGACGACCCGGGCAAGGGCAACUACUGGAUGCUGGACCCGUCGAGCGACGACGUGUUCAUCGGCGGCACGACAGGCAAGCUGCGGCGCCGCUCCACCACGUCUCGGGCCAAGCUGGCCUUCAAGCGCGGGGCGCGCCUCACCUCCACUGGCCUCACCUUCAUGGACCGCGCCGGCUCCCUCUACUGGCCCAUGUCGCCCUUCUUGUCCCUGCACCACCCCCGCGCCAGCAGCACUUUGAGUUACAACGGCACCACGUCGGCCUACCCCAGCCACCCCAUGCCCUACAGCUCCGUGUUGACUCAGAACUCGCUGGGCAACAACCACUCCUUCUCGACCGCCAACGGGCUGAGUGUGGACCGGCUGGUCAACGGGGAGAUCCCGUACGCCACACACCACCUCACGGCCGCUGCGCUCGCCGCCUCGGUGCCCUGCGGCCUGUCCGUGCCCUGCUCCGGGACCUACUCCCUCAACCCCUGCUCCGUCAACCUGCUCGCGGGCCAGACAAGUUACUUUUUCCCCCACGUCCCACACCCGUCAAUGACUUCGCAGACCAGCACGUCCAUGAGCGCCAGGGCCGCGUCUUCCUCUACGUCGCCGCAGGCCCCCUCGACCCUGCCCUGUGAGUCCUUAAGACCCUCUUUGCCAAGUUUUACGACAGGACUGUCCGGGGGACUGUCUGAUUAUUUCACACAUCAAAAUCAGGGGUCUUCUUCCAACCCUUUAAUACAUUAA